GAGAGCCGCGCACGGUGCGAAAAGCGACCCUCCCUACCCAAGAUGGCGGCUGCACGCUCCGGGCUGCUGGUGCCGCGGCUGCUGCUGGCGCUCGUCGUCGUCUGCAUCCUCUGUUCCCUCUCGACCCCGGGCGCCGCGCAAAAGACGAAAGAGGUGCUGAUGUCAGAGAAGGUGCAGCAGCUGAUGGAGUGGACGGUGCGACGCUCGGUCAUCCGCCUCAACGGGGACAAGUUCCGGCGCUACGUGAAGGCGCCGCCACGCAACUACUCGGUGGUCAUCAUGUUCACUGCCCUGGAGCCACAGAGGCAGUGCGGAGUGUGCAAGCACGCCAACGAGGAGUUCCAGAUCCUGGCAAACUCGUGGCGCUACUCGGGGUCCUACUCCAGCCGGCUCUACUUCGCCAUGGUGGACUUUGACGAGGGGUCGGAUGUCUUCCAGCAGCUCAACAUGAACUCGGCCCCCACCUUCAUGCACUUUCCGGCCAAGGGCCGCCCCAAGCGUGCCGACACUUUUGACCUCCAGCGCAACGGCAUCAUGGCCGAGCAGCUGGCCAAGUGGAUCAGCGACCGCAGCGAGGUCACGAUCCGCGUGUUCCGUCCCCCUAAUUACUCCGGAGCAGUCGCCCUGAUGCUGCUCAUGUCGCUGGUCGGGGGACUGCUCUUCCUGAGACGCAACAACCUGGACUUCCUGUACAACAAGACCGGCUGGGCCGUCGCGGCACUGUGUGUCGUGUUCGCCAUGACCUCCGGGCAGAUGUGGAACCACAUCCGGGGACCUCCAUACGCCCACAAGAACCCCCAGACGGGACAGGUGGCAUACAUCCACGGCAGCAGCCAGGCGCAGUUCGUGGCAGAGACCCACAUCGUGAUCCUUCUCAACGUGGCGAUCACCCUGGGAGUCGUCCUCCUGCACGACUCGGCCGCUCCAGACGGGGACAUCGGCAAACGCAAAAUCCUGUGUCUCGUAGGCCUGGGUCUCGUCGUUUUCUUCUUCAGCUUCCUCCUCUCCAUCUUCCGUUCCAAGUACCACGGGUACCCAUACAGCUUUCUUAUAAAGUGAAUAUGGCAUUGGCGAAUGGAGGAAAGACGAUUGCAGUAGCAUCGUCAACAUCGUCAUCAUCGUCAACAUCUUCGUUAUCAUCACCGCUAAUAUUGUCAACAAUCAUAAAAACGUCACGCUCAUCAACAUCAUCAUCGCCGUCACCUUGCGACGGUCAUCAUCUUCGUCAUCAUUAACAUCCCUGUCAUUGGCGACCUCAUCGUCAACCUCAUCAUCACCGCGCGCUCCCCAUCACUGGAGGGGAAAACUGAACCGGAAUGCUUUUUGGAAAGAUCGUCAAUGUGAUUCUCUAUUUUCUUGAAAAAACAGCAGUCACCUCCGUCAUCACCUCCGUCAUCAUCUCCGUCAUCAUCUCUGUCAUCAUCAUCUCCAUCAUCAUCAUCUCCAUCCCCGUAGUCGUCACGGUUCGAGUGAACAGAGCGUGUAAUGUUUUAUAAUUAUUUCCUUGGUUUUCUUUGUAUGAGUUGUGCAACAAAAUAAAUGAGCAGAUGAUCUGCCUACUCCCUCCCAUA